GGUGCCUUUCGGAGGAAGUUUGCGCUCCGACUGAAGAGGAGGGAGAGAGAAAAACCACCCUCCCGAUCCGAAGCGGCCAGCCCGGGCUGAGCGGCUGUUGCGAGGAGACGCGGAGCUCCCCCACGCCAGCCGCCUCUCCUGCAGACCGGCCCCAGGAGCGCUCCGAGCCGCUCGCGCCCUCCCGCAGCUCGUGUCCGGCGCUGCAGCCCCUGCCCGCGCCAUGGGCGGCUCUGCCUCCAGCCUGCUGGACGAGAGCAAAUGCAGCUACAUCCGAGGGAAAACUGAGGCUGUAAUCAAAAACUUCAGCCCACACUACCAACGCCAGUAUGCUGUUGCUUUUUGUGAGCACAUACAAAAUGAACUGGAACAGCACCAAGACUUCCAGUCUCAAUUCCUGAAAACCAAGCCCCCUGUGGAAUCUGGGAUGAUCUUAUAUGAAGCAGAGUUGUUGCAUUUUGCUGAAGAUCUGAAGAAGUGGAAGGAGAGAUAUAUUGUGAUCAGGAAUGACUAUGAAGUGCAGAGCUUUGAGAGCAAAGAGGCAUAUCAGAAGGGAGUCAGCCCUAAAUAUCGUAUUCUUCCUGCAGGAGGCAAAGUACUGACCUUAGAAGAAGAUUACAAUUUGCUGUCUGAUAAGCAUUUUCCAGACCCAAUUGCUUCUAAUGAGAAGGAAAAUGCCCAGGCAUUUGUUCUCCUGCCAAAAGAGUUUCCAGUUUACCUGUGGCAGCCCUACCUCAGACACAGCUACUACUGUUUUGAGGAUCCAGAAGCUCAGAAACAAUUUAGUGCAGUGCUGAACGACUGUGUCAGACACUUAAACCAAGAUUUCCUCAAGCAGACCACAUUUGAAGUGCAGGCAUUUUUAGAAGCCGUCCAGUUCUUCCGUCAGGAGAAAGGCCACUAUGGGUCUUGGAAAAUGAUAACUGGCAAUGAAAUUCAGAUCUUGAGCAACCUUGUGAUGGAGGAGCUCCUGCCUAACCUUCAGACCAUGAUCCUGCCUAAAAUGAAAGGAAAGAGGAAUGAUAGGAAGAGGGUUUGGUUUGCUAUUGUGGAAGAAACAUACAACCUGGUCCAGGAGCAGGUUUCAGAAGGAUUAAACACCUUGAAGGAAGAAUGUAAAGAUCUUACAAAGAAUCUAGAAGGAACGAUUCGUUCAGACAUGGAUCAGAUUUUGAAUUCAAAGAACUAUUUAGCUGGAAAAAUCAAAGCAACAGUCUCCGAGCCUGCUGAGAAGUGCUGCAUGGAGAAUAUCCAGCCAUUUUUGCCUUCCAUAUUGGAAGAGCUCAUGGGCCCAGUAAGCUCUGGAUUCAGUGAAGUCCGUUUGCUCUUUGAAAAAGAAGUUAAUGAGAUCUGCCAGGACUUCCAGAAGACAAAUGAUGCCACAAAGCUGAAGGAAAAUUUGGAGCAGCUGAUGAACCUGCCAUUCAACUCUGUGAAAAUGGAACCUUGCUAUCUGAAAGUUCAUCUCCUCCAGGAACCACUCCAGGACCUCAAGAGCCGCUUCAAAUUCUACCAUGUUGAUUUUGUGGUUCAGAGGACACAGAACUUCAUGCAGGAGCUUAUGGAAAAUGCAGUGUAUACUUUUGAACAACUUCUGAGUCUGAGCAGCCAAGGAGAUACAGUGAAAAUUUCAACUGCCAUUGAAAAAGUCAAACUACGAGUACUAAAGCAAUAUGACUAUGACAGCAGUACUAUACGGAAGAAAAUAUUUCAGGAAGCAUUGGUACAGAUCACAUUGCCCACAAUGCAGAAGACACUGGCUUCAGCUUGCAAACCAGAGUUGCAGAAAUAUGAACAGUACAUCUUUGCUGAUUACACCAGAGUGAUACAAGUAGAGAAUGUCUAUGAAGAGAUUUUAUUUCAGACAUUGCUUGAUGAAACCCUAAAAGUAAUAAAAGAAGCUGCCAUUCUGAAGAAACACAACCUUUUUGAGGACAACGUAAACUUGCCUUAUGAAAGUGUGUCCAGUUUAACUGACUUGAAGACCCCUUCAGGAUCAGCACAAGCCAGUCCUGAUAAGAAACCGUCCACCACUUCAACAGAAACAUCAGAUACUGAAACUCAAAGUAAUGAACUGCUUGUUGUGUCAGAAAAAAUGACCCAGGAGAAGUGGUAUGAUGCUAGAAAGGCAUCAGACAAUGAAGAAGCAGUUUAUGUCAAUGUGUCUAGCAGUCCUGCAAUUAAUAGUGAAAAGGUGAUCAUUACAAACAUCACUGACAAACUGGAGUCUCAUCCUUUUACUCCUAAGGAAGAAAAGGAUGUGGAGGAAAUGAUAACUUCCCAGAAUGAAAAUGCGGUGGAGGCAGAGUUUGGAGGGAACACUCAAAAAGAAAAUAAGGUACAAGAAGAGGAGAGAUGUCUUACAGUCCCUAAUACUCUGAAUGAGAUCAGAAGCUUGCUGAUGGUGACAGUUGAAUUACCAGCAGUUGCUCCAUCUGAGAACAAAACGGAAGGGGUAAAUGAAUGUGAAAUUUUGAAGUGGCAAGAACAUGGGGAAGAGAGUGAUGAAAACAGCAAAACUAAUGCAGAAACCGGUCAAACAGACCAGAUAGUGAAUAAAGAAUUAGAACAGUCUGAGCUCAAGGUGGAGCAGCCACCUCCAUCCAGUUUGGGUACAGGUGAUAUGAAUUUAAUGAUCAUUUCAGAGGCAGGCAACCAUGUGACUCAAGCAGAAUGUUUGGAGGUCUCUGAAAAACUGGAUGUGUCUCAAGAGUCAAAGGCAGAAAUGGAGACCAACCAAAGUGUCUGGUAUUCUGGUCUGGAAAGCUGCAAAGGUCUUCAUGACAAAUCGCAACCAGAGGCACACACCAAAAGCAUAGUUGGAGACAGAAGAUCUGAUCUGGAGGAAGCAGGUGAAGGUCACAUUCAUGCUGUCCCAAUGGAAACAGAGGCUGAGAGCUUUCCUGGGUGUUCUGCUGAAAGUCCUGAUGCAACACAAGUACCCAUUUUGAGUAUUGAAAACUUAAGAAUAGAAACAGCUGAUGAUUUUGAGGUUUCACUAGUGCUAGAGGAAGAUGAGCUUAGCACGGCAGAGGUUACAGUGGAUAUUAAAUCUGAAAGCUUUACUGUUACUGCAAGUGAUGAGUUUCAGCCAGCAGGUGCACCUUCUUUAAGUGCUGAAAUCAGAAGCUCAGUAGGAAGUGAAACUGUCACACAAGAAAACAUUGAGGAGAGUUGUGCAGAGCAACACUUUGAAGAGUAAAAAGUGUUCUUCACAAAUAUACAGCCUAAUCCUGCAGCCAUUACUCACUCCAGCAGUCCUCUUGUGAAUAUUCCUGACUUAAUGAGCAAAGGCUGCAGGAAUGGGCCUAAUUGCAGUGUUGUCAACUCUUGCAGUUUUAUCACAAGUUUUCCAGUACUUAGAGGGUUUUGUUACAGGCCCAGUUGCUGGAAUCAGGUUAUUACCUGAGAAUCUCAGCUUUCAUUUAAAAAAAAAAAAUAGUAGUAAAUUUCUGGCCUUAAUGUGGAAAAAAGCUUGAAAGCAUGACCUCCCCCCCCAAAUGCUUGAACACCUCAAGGCAAAUAAAAAGAACCAAAGAAAAUUUUUUUUUUUUUUUUUAAAAAUCUCACAAAUUUUAAGACGACCCUAUGUUUUUUUGGCGGGGGCCUGACUCAUGUUUUUUGAAUGAUUGGGAUUGGAAAUAUUACAACAGGUCUUAGCUAAAGUUAGUCAAUCAAAAUGUUAUUAAAUAAAUUCAUUUAGGAUAUGCAUUCAGUGUGUUAGAAGGAAAACAUUUAAAUCUCUCAAGUAGUUAAACAGGAAACAAAUAGUUAGGUUGUUCAGCAGCCAAAUUGCACGUAAACUUUGAAGUUUGCAAGCUGACUGAUUACUUAAGUAUUUUAAAGUUUUGACAGAGAUUAAGACAAUGAAAUGUUCUGAUUUUUUUUUCUAUAUUUAAAACUGGGAAAACACUGGGAGCAGGUUUCUCAAUCCCACUCUGCACUUCUGGGUUACACAGCCUUUCAGAGCACUUUAGAGCUAUUUUCUUUCUUUUCUUUUUUUUGGAUCUAAUGAGAAUAUUUACAAUAAAACCAGCUAUCACCAUUAUGCAGCACCUACCUUCUGCACUCCCCAGUAUACAGUACAGUCACCCACAAUCCAAAGUUCUGUACUGCAGUCCUGCCACAUGCAUAAGGCUGUGUCACUAAAUCUCAAAAGCAUAGGAAAUCAGAAUGAAGUAUAAAAUGUCCCAUAUACCAUAAUCAUACCAUUUACUCUCCAAUUUCUUGAUGCAAUGGAAGGGAAAGUAGUUAAGGAAUAGCCAGUUGUGCUUAGGUUUUGGCAGACAAACUGGUGAUAUUUUCAAAAGCAGCUUCAAAAAUCAGCAAUGCUUUUUCAUGUCCAAGAUUAAUACCACCAUACCAAAUUGUGGUCCACAUAUAAGCUGCAUUGAUGUGUAAUUUGCAUACACAGAUUGGAGUUUUUGGCCACAGAGAAUCUUAGAAGUGAAAAAUGGAGUUUUAGUAAGUUGAGCAUUAAAAUUGUAUCUGCAAUUUUAGAGGUGGGUUUGAGAUACCUUAAAAGUUUGGCCCAGGGAAUAAGUACAAUUUAAUGUGAGUAAGAGUUGCAGAAUUGGACCCAUAAAGAAUAAUACUGGAAAGUAAUGUCCUUUUCAAGAGAUAAUAAAGAACUGACAGCAUAACCUCAGUCUUGUUGGCGUUUAACUGUAGGAAAUUUUGUAAGGUCCAUAGCAUGAGACAGUCAAACUGUUAUACAGUACUAACAGGGAAGUGACACUAUCUGAACAGACAAACAUCUGUUUGGAAAUGCCAUGAUAUUGGUUAACUUGAUCAAGUGGAAGGUUUCUGUUGUGAAAUAAAUGCUACUACAAGGUGUAUUCAUACAUCAUAAUUAUAGGAAUAAAGUCAAAUACAAGAUUUUUUUUGUGGGACUGUCAUGAAUAUUUAUUUGAUGCAGAAAUGUUCAUACUAAAUCUCAACAAACAAUUGCCAACUAACUGUCUUAUGGGUCAUUCCUGAUUUUUUUAAAUUGGUACUGAACAUUAAGGAGUGAUUUCAACUGUGUUUGGCAAUUAACCAGUGCAUGUCUCUUGUAACCAUUUCUUUGGUGGAAGGACAUAUUUCCAGUAUGGAUUUCUGUGUGAUAGAAGAAUAGCAGGAUAGUAACAAUUAUCUCCUACAUACAGGACCUCAUUUUACAACUAAAGCUAUUUAGAAAUGAAAGUCUUUUGAUGUACUUUCUAUAUGUACAGAACAAAAGAGAAUUUAACAUAAAUGUUCUCCUCCAAAGUAAUAUUUAAUCAUUCACAUUACAGGUUUAGAUUUGGGGCAAUACUUCUCUGUACAUAUUUGGUAAUUCAGUGUUGACUACAAAUGUUUAGUGUGGUUGGGUUUUUUUUGUAAGAGUAGGGAAGAACUGAGACUCCUCUCAUAUAUUAUCUUUUGUUCUACAGUUUUGAAUUCAAGUUAUUCAUAUCAGUAGUUUGUUCUGUGUUUUUAUUUACAUUUUUCUUGGUUUCCUAUGUAUACUAAGAGUAAGGAUAAACAGUUGCAUACCCCACCUCAACAUAGUCUUGAGACAUUAAAUGUAUUUGCUUAAUUCUGAAUGGAGCAGCACAAAGCAGACUAUGGUAUCAAGGAUCUGUCUCCUGGUACUUCCAUCAUUGGAAGGUUGCUUUGGACCUUUGAUCAAUAGAAAUAGUUUAUUGAUGAAUCAUAAUAUUUUUUUCAAUUUUCUUAGCAUUUCCAGCAACAUUAUCCCGAUUGAAUUUUCUCAAAGUAUGGAUAAUAAGACUAAUUCCUUUACCUCUUAAGUUGGGGGGGGUGUAAGAAUUAAUUGGUUAAGAGUUCUAAAGUGCAUUGAAGAGGAAAAGAGAUAUAUAUGUAUUAAGUGUUGUUGUUGUUGUUAUAUUUCACUUGGCUACCAGCUUGAGUAGACAAAACAAGAAACACAUUAUAACUUGCUUGUAACUUUGUAAAGUGCUUAAACUAAAUAAAAUAUGGUCAUCCCUUUCA